AUGGCGGACGCUGAACGUAGCAGUGAAAUUGCCGAAAAUUCUCACGAGUUGACCAUUACUGAAGAACAGAAUACCUCUAUCGAGGAAAACGAAAAACCAGAGAAAGAAGCUAAAGAAGAACCUUAUAAUUACGGGUAUUCGUUACCGGAAUAUUACAAACUUUGCCUGCAGUAUUACCACAAAGGUACGUGUCACUUCAUCACGGUUUCAAUUCUUUCCUGAAACUUUCAAAUAGUUUUUACUUGUUCCUGCUGACUUGAGUUUUUCGUGGAGUAUUUCCGCUACCUUUUCGUUACAGAAAUUUAUGAUGACUUUGUCUGGUUAAAAUUUCAUCGCUUAUAAACUUUCUGUUGGAUUUGCAUUGCAAGACCACAGAUUUGAUUAUGUUUUAUCUGUCACUCAUUAGUAUUAUACAGUACUUCACCAAAUCAGUUUAGGCUACUGGUAAUUUCUUUUGGAAUUCAAAGACAAGGUAGUAUUUUGUGAUAUUGCAUCUGAGAAAUACAAAAUCACCUUGCUCUGUUACAAAACUGAUUUGUUUGUACUUGAAGAAGGAAAACUAUAUGUUUGACUGUAUAUUUUGUAUUUUAUGCAACAUAACACUGUACACUGUUUUAGGAGUAUCCCUAUUAAAGUAUAUCUUGAUCAAACUGUAACACGAAUUAUAAACCACUAACUGGCAUGGGGCAAACUAGUUACAGCAGGGGUAUUCUGCAGAACGCUGAAUAUUAAUGCCAAAUGACUCUGAAGUUUAGUGAUCAGGGUUAGGAAACUCAGUGAAUCAGGUUCCAUUUAGAGUCAUUAUACUGGGAAAAUUGACCUCAAACUUGAUUCAUUCAGUUUUUCUAACCCUAAUCACUAAACUUCAGAGCAUUUGGCGUUCUGCAUUCUGCAUUCUGCAUUCUGCAUUCAGCAUUAUGCCGAACCAGUAAGCCCAAGAAAACAGCUGACUGGACAUUUUAUGAUGCCAUGGCUGGUUGCCCUGUGAAAUGAUGUCUGGGGAAUGAAUGCAGAAAUAGGCCAUUUUCAAGUUCCAAAACCUCUAACUUUCAGAACAAGGCUGAGUAAAAAACUUUUUUUGGAAUAAUGAGUUUCAUUUGCAUCAGAAUAAAAAAGUCAUUUUUUUAUCCAUGGCUUUGCACUUAGCCUGGUUUUGAAACAGAGGCUAGGGCCAACCUGGAAGUGACCUAAUUCUAUACUGUGAGAUUGGCAUAGUACUAGUCUUUUGAUUGGUUGAAUCAAAUUUUCAGCCAAUCAGAAGCACAACCCAGACCUGGGUAGUGACCAUAUCAUCAGUGGUGGCAUCAUGAGAUGUUAGCUGUUUUCUCAGGAUAAAAGCCAGUUGAAAUCCUUAAAAUGUAUUUAAAAUCAUAAUCUGUGAGCAAUAAUAAACAUGUGGUCGAAAUUAAAUUUCAUGCAUGUGCGGUAGCAGUGGACACUUAGAAAAAUUACUGCGAUAUUUGGUAGAAAUCUUAUCAAUUUGCGUGUCUGUACAACAUAUUUGAAACUUAUCUCAGCUACUGGGGCUAUUUACCCGUACCUCUAGGCAGAAACAGUGCAUCUUAAGGUCACUAAUAAGCUGGAAUUUAUGGCCAUUGUCUGACAAAAAUAGUCAUACAGCUUACAAUACAGGGAGUAAGCAACUACUAUAUAUGUAUUAAUUUUGUUAUUACUUAAAUUUACUUAAAAUUAGUAAGUAACUUUUCACAAUUGCUUCAGUACUGUUUCUUAAAUUCUUGAAUCAUCCUUUCUUUGUAGAAAAACAAAUAAUAAAGCUAACAUAUGAUGAGAAAGUUCAGUUGACGGCAUAUUGGAAGCAAAUUUCUAGUGGACCUUAUGAUCCUGAAAAAUACCCUGAUGUUGGCUAUUUUGAUGUUAUUGGUAAUGAUAGAAGGUAACAAUUAUUGAUUUCUUUUCCAGUCAGUACAAUCAACCUAAUUAGUUUCACAUUAAGGUCCUCUUGGAUAUUUGUUGUUUAUGUCAUCAGUCCUAUUGUUUUUUAAAGUACACAUAGAAUACUGGAUAGAAAGUGCACACGUACGGUGUUUACAUGAGUUGUUGACGUAUCUAUCAUUGAAAGAAUGAGCACAGUGAAUGGGUGAGAUUUUUGAUACAAAACAAUGAGUGCACAAAUACCAUACAAGGCACUUUUUUGUGGUGUGGUGUUUAUUAUAUUGAGACAUACAUGUAUCAUUUUUUUCACAUACAGAAAAUAUUGUUCACCCCUCUAAUUAGCUAGAACUCAUUUGCAUAUGAAAAUUUACAAUCUUUUCAGUGAGAAUAUCUCAGUAUCUAACAAAGUAGUUAUGUAUUUCACUUUGCUGUGCAAUUGUUGAGUUAUAACAGUUACUGUAAGUUACAGAUGGUUUCAAUACAUUUGUUGGCUGCUGUCAUUGGUCGAAGCUAUUACAGUCUAAUCUGUGACUAAACAGAUACAAUCAUGGCAAAAUUAGGAAUGUAAAUAACUCUUGUACAUGUGGGUAGAAGACUGACAAAACGGGUUAAAGUAGGUGGCAACAAUGCAAAAACAGAAAGCUUUCAGUUGUUAAUCACAGCUAAAUGCCACAGCUCCAAUAUGUGUUGGGUCUUCUUAAAAGCCCUGCAAAAUGGGAGCUAUAUUGUAUCCUUUUAUUAAUAAUGUUUGAUUAUAGCGCAUUUGAAUAUAUUUAUAUAGAAGUUUUCGCCUUAUAAGUUUUUGAAAUUAAAUUAAUUGAUUAAUUUAAUUCAAUAAUAGGAGAGCUUGGGAGAGUCUAGGGACCAUGCAGCCAAGAGAAGCUAUGAAAAAGUUUUGUUCUUUGCUGGGUACAUGCUCACCUGAGUUGGGACCCUGGAUGGAAGCACAGCAGAAAGAAAAAGAAGAGAAGGAAAGACUGAGAAGAGAGGAAGAGGAAAGGUUAAGAAGAGAAGCAGAAGAAGAAGCAGAACGUGAAAGACAGAGAUUAUUAGCAGAAGAAAUGAGGAGACAAGCUGAAGAAGAAGAAAGGUAAGUUCCAUACUGCAAUGCUUGUUUUGUUUUCACUCCCACAGCCAAGUAUUGUAGGCCUAAAGUACCUGAACAUGUAACUUUUGAGUGGACAGUACAGUGUGAAACUUUAAUUUUUGUAUUUCAUCUGUUUUAGUUUAGAAAUGAUAACUAUCAUUUAUUAUGCUUGUACUACAUUGUAGUUUGUAUGAUUUAAAGGGGCUGUGUCACGGCAGUCCAGUUCAUUUUGUUUAAUUUUGCCAAUUCCUUUCCCUCAAUUGCUAUGGAACUUAAAGUAAGCAAAGAGAUUAGAUGUAAAUGACAAAAUCAGAGAUCUGAGACAAACAAAUAUGUCUCCUAAGCAUUAUUUUUGAAGUUGCAAGCAGCAGAGAUCAACUUUGAAAAACUGUAAGGCUGAACAGUUUUCAAAAACCCCAAUUUCAAUCCAUUUCAAUCUUCUUCAGUUUUGCCCAUCCUUGGCAUCUGUUGUUUCUGUUAUGUUAUUUUAACCUUCCUUUAAAGUUUUAAGCGGUUACUUUUAUGUUUCUCUUAAUUUAAAGGGCAUUUUGUAAUUUCCUAAUUUGGCUGAAUUUCGUGACACAGCUCCUUUAAGAAACACUGUUUUUGUGUGGGUUUGUCCCAAGUGUUUCAUUACACACCUGGUAAGAGGGGAGAGGAAUGGGCAGUAAAAUUUCUUUUCUCCCUCCUCCCUAAUUUUUUCGGCCGUUUCUCCCUCCUCCCUGAUUUUUCACCUUUCUCCCUGAUAAGUCUUUUAAGAGGCUUAUUUUACUUGCUACUUCACCGCGCUGCCUCGUUUCCACGUGUCUUAAAGGAAGGUAAACAUAUGAAACAUGUUUGUCAUGUUGUUAUAUCUCGUUCUUCCCAUACUACCUUUCGGUUUUUGUCAUGUAAGCUUGAAGCUUUGAUAUUUACAACAUUUAUUUUAACUACGGUAUAAAGGUCAGAAUAGUUACUCACAACUACCUGCUACUACUUACUACUACUAAAUCAAUCUAUGCAUCAGGUGUAAUUCACUGAACUUGUAGAGUUUAUUUCAAAUUGCUGGGUGUUGAUUCUUCUGGUGUUUCAGCGUUAGGUCAUAAACCAUGCAGUGUUAAUUUUAGCCUUAUACUACUACUUCUACUAGUACUACUACUAAUAAUAAACAAGGAAGGAGACUUACGAGAUUCAAUUUCAAAACAAUCUUCAGUAACACCGUAAACGGCUUUCACAUGAAAAUAACAUUCACUCACCUUGAUUCUCAAAAACUCCGAAAACUUCAGAUUCGCGAAAACCGACGCUAAACAAAAGAAGUAACAAAAGCCUGGAAUAUCACCGCUCGUCCAAGACUGGGUACGGUGUACAAAUGAUGACCUCACAAGACUCACAAGAGGAGGGCAAGAAAUUGUUGAGACUACUUGCAAGAGCUCUUACAUACACUUUAACUUGCAGUUCGUGGCCAAAGCUACCCUCAUCUGUGAGUCAGUAAGGUCCUUGAAUUAAGAGCUACUAAGGCCUUAAACAUUCAUGUCACAAUUUUUCAAAGAACAUUCUCCGUCCUCCCUUUUUAAGCUGGUUCUCCCGUCUCCUUAUUUUUUUGCCUCCUUUCUCCCUCCUCCCUAAACCGUUCCUCUCCCCUCUGGUAAGCCCGGAUAGUGAUGUGCCCCUGGAACCCUGGAAACCCUUGCCUAUACCAAAUUGUGCUACCCUAAUCUAGACUAAACUUCUAAAACCUCUCCCUAUCCUAGUAUGGCUAUUUUCCAGAAACUACCGAGGUCAACACUUUCCUUGGUAUUAAACUGAGUUGCAGGUAAAUUUAAGUUGCUGAUUUCAAUUUUUUUAAGUGUCAAUACUUGGUUUUUCUAGUCUGGAGUAAAAUCUUCAACCAAUUGAUCAGUUUCUUGGAAAAAAAAUACUCUAUUCUAGACCCAAACUCUCUGAUUUUAAACCUCUAUCCCAGACUAAACUGCUUGAAAACCAUACCCUCCUAAGUGGCACCCAUCUAUGGCUGGACCCCGGCUAGUAAUUUCCCUGUCAGAAUUUAUGGCAGCUUGCUGCAGGACAAGUUGUCUGAAAAGAAGGCCUUGAACUUUGUUGAAUUGAUGUUUUUUCAGGAGAAAGCAAGAAGAAAUAAUGCAACAACAAGAGCGAGAGCAAAUUCUUCAACAGCAACAGCAGGAACGGUUACAACAACAGCAGCAUCAACAGUCUCCAGGACAACAGGUACAUGUAUAGUAAGGCCUCGUCCACACUCGAAUCUGGAUUUUUUGGAAACGGCAUAUUUUUUUGGAUCAUGAAUCAGCCAACCAGUGAAUCGGCCUACCCAAACCACACCUUUCUGAAACCACUCUCCAGAGCAGUUUAAGGUCUAGUCCAGAUAGAUCCGGGUGAAAAAAUACGCAGUUUCAAAAAUGUCAAGAUUUGUGUGGAUGAGACUUAAGAUUGUUGUCUCUAGAGCCUACAUAUGUAUGUAACCCUCCCCUUUCAGGGGACCUGCCAUUGCUGCUUUAUCUCUAAGCCUUCUGAGCCUGUUUUGAGCAAACCCCGCUUUACAUUGUAUGGACACCUGCUUAAUACGGACACCUCAUUAUUAUGGACACCCACUUAAUACAGACACCUCAUUAUUGUGGAUGCCCGCUUAAUAUGGAUACCUCAUUAUUAUGGACACCUCAUUAUUAUGGACACCCCCUUAAUACGGACACCUCAUUAUUAUGGAUGAUUGCUUAAUAUGGACACCUCAUUAUUAUGGACACCCCCUUAAUACGGACACCUCAUUAUUAUGGAUGAUUGCUUAAUACGGACACCUCAUUAUUAUGGACACCCCCUUAAUACGGACACCUCAUUAUUAUGGAUGCCCGCUUAAUACGGACACCUCAUUAUUAUGGACACCUGCUUAAUAUGGACACCUCAUUAUUAUGGACACCCGCUUAAUACGGACACCUCAUUAUUAUGGACACUCACUUAAUACAGGCACCUUAUUAUUAUGGACACCCACUUAAUAUGGACACCUCAUUAUUAUGGACACCCGCUUAAUACAGGCACCUCAUUAUUAUGGACACCCGCUUAAUAUGGACACCUCAUUAUUACAGACUGCUUUUUCCUUGGUGAAAGAAAGCCCUUACAUUUCCUCUAAAUUCGACCGGCUAAAUAUUAUGGACACCCUGCUAAUACAGACACUUUCUCUGCCCCCCUAUGUGUCCAUAUUAGGGAGCUUUAACAUCGACGACGGCGACGCCAGCGAAAACGUCACUAUUAAAACGAGUUCUCGUUUUUUCUUUUCUUUUUGCGUUUAUUCCAAAUUGCUGAAAAUUUCAAAUGCAGGCCAAUGUCCUCGAGUUGGUUUCUUGGGGACCGUACUCAAGUUUAGAAAGAGAAAGAAAAAUUCGUAGUCGCUUGUUUACAUCCUCCAUAAAACGGGAAAUUAGGCAUUUUCACGUCGUAGUCGUGUAGUGACGGCAAGGAAAUGUACAAAAAAGCAUGAUGCACGUGGAAAGCUGUUGUUUUGCUUAAUAAACCAAUUGUUUUAACUUGUAGCUGUCGCCGUCGUCGUUGCUAAAGCUCCCUAUUGACGGCGUGUGACCGUAUACACAAUGAAGGAAUAUAGUAAAAUGUUCUUGUAAAUAAUCUUUAAAAAAUCUGCAAUGUUGGGUUUCAUGUGUGCAGUGCAUUUUGGAGUUCCUGUGUUGUGUUCAUUUGAGAGACAACAGCUAUCAGUGAGAGGGUUAGUUUAAAGAGCUGGGACCAAUGAUUUGUCCUGGCUAUCAGAAAUGUAAUCCCCGGCUACUUUGGUAGAAACAAGUUACAAUAACAUCGUAAGACAACCUAACAUCUACGGCUUCUUCAGAAAAAUAAUAUUAAUAAUAAUUAUUAUUGGAAGCCUUUUCCGUUCUUUGUAUUGGUAUUGUUUUUGUAGGGAAGGAGAAAUAUUGUUCAUGUUUAUCAGAAUUAAUGUUUAAUUCAUAAGCCUGUGUAGUGUAAAGUUGAAGCUUUUAUUCCUCUAUUUUGCAGCCCAAAACAGUGGCGGUCAAUGGUACACCUAGAAUAGCACCUGCAUCGCUCUGGACACGCCCCAAAGUUCAAGAGUUUAUUCAACACGUCAAGUCUGAUCCUAGCUCUGUGUUAGUUGUUGGGCGUGGUGAGACAAUGACAGUUCGUGUACCCACCCAUGAAGGAGGUGAGAGUUUGUAGAUAAAUUGUGCAAUUUUGGUUUUAAAUCAAAGAUUUCUAAGAGGCGGCAACAAGCUGGUCUGCUUUGGGGGUUAAUGUUUCUGGUGGAGGAAGGGCAUUGUCAGUGUUAAAAUUUAAGGUCCCAUAAACAUUCAAAAGAAGUGGCCGGAACACCAGUUUCAGUUUCAGCUUCAAAUUCAGUUUAAUAUAUGUUUGCUAGAAAAAUAAAAUCAUUCAAUACAUUGCAUACACGAAAAAGAAAAAAAAUAGUUGACCGUUAAAGGCGAUGUAAAUUACUUAAGUAAAAGAACUAGAAUUAACACUUUUCUGGGGAGGAAGCUCAAAUUGAGCUACCGCAAAGGCAGUAGCAAAUUAUGGCCGGCCCAAUUUUUUUAAACGACCACUUGUAAUGAAAAACCAUUAUUAGUUUUGAUGGUUUGUUUUUGUGACACGACAUCCAAUUUUUGUCUAGGAACAUGUCUUUUCUGGGAGUUUGCAACAGAAUACUAUGAUCUUGGCUUCGGCGUCUGUUUUGAAUGGUCACAACCGCAUACCAAGAAUAUAACGGUGGCAGUUAAUGAAUCAGAUGAAGAUGAAUUCGCCGAAGAAGAGAAAUCAACGGAAAGCGAGUCCAGUUCCCCGAAGCCGAAAAUAGAUGAGAUACUUCCGGUUGUGCGUAGGCCUUGUAACGAAGAAGUAAUAGUUGGUAGUCAUAUGUACCCAGGUCGUGGCGUGUAUCUACUCAAGUUUGAUAAUUCAUAUUCACUGUUUAGGUCGAAAACUUUAUAUUAUCGUGUAUAUUACACUCGAUAAAUGAGUGAGAACGUUGCUCUGCGGGAUGACAAGGAGCAUGGAAUUUUGAUUAAAAUACUGGAUAAAAUUACAGGGAACCCAUGGGCACGGAACGUUGUAAGAAAAAGUAAUAGUUUCUGUUUUAGGAGUCCCGCUGUUACAAGGCCGUUAUGAAACCUGUGAUAGAAGCAAAUGGUACUUGAAAUAAGCAAUGGUUAUCAAUUUGUGCGACUAUAAUUCAUAAUUCAGUAAGCUCUUGGCCGGCUCUUGGUGUAUUUUUUUGACCAACCUAAGAUACUGCAGCUUUGAGAGCUUCGCAUCUUAAAGAUUAGUUUACCUCGGCUUAAUUUAUAGAUGAUAGAGGUUUAAUAAGAAAAUCUGUUACAAAGACAUUUUUAUUCUAGAAAAAUUGUAAAACAGCAUUCGGUUUGUUGCAAAGGUUUGUCAUUUGACUGAGUUCAUUCAAAUUACCCCUUCCUCCCCCGCCUAUUCCACGUUUAACGUUGCCUUGCGCAGUUUGACUUUAGUUUGUUUUAGACUUCUCUCGAUCUCGUAAAGACUAGCUAGCGAACAUGCACUGUAGAGGACUGCUAUGCCAGUAAGAGUCAUUGUUAUCGUUUUCUGACUAUUAUUGCUAUGUUAAUAAAAUUCUCCGCACGACAGGCUUUGUUAGCCAAUAAGAAAAACAGACAAUGUGGCUGCUGUCGUUUGGCCCCAUUUUAAAGGGAAUCCAGGGCAGUCUUGGAUUCUGGAUUCCACGUACCUGUAUUCCAGGUGCUGGAGUCCAGUAUUUGUCAGUAGAACUCGGAUUCUGGAUUCCAAACAUUAGAGAGAUUCCGGAUUUCUUGAGCUGUAUUCCCGAUUCCAAAACACAGGAUUCCUGAUUCCACAAGCAAAAUUGUCGUCUCAGUGCACCAAAAUACGCGUAGCUCAACAUUGGGGAAGGAGAGGUGCACAUUUGAAUGCGUGAGAAUAAAGGUGUGAAGAGUUAAUGUAAGAAAUUUUCGAGAAAAUUCAAGAAAAACGGUUUCUGUUUCAACGAUUUGUGGCGAGUAUUAUAGGUCUGCAGCAAGAUAGGAUAUUGUUUCAAUAAAGUUCUAUACUAAAAUAAUAAGAAGAAACAUUUUAAUUUACUGUGGAAGGGGUUGUGUAACCGUGUCCGCCCACGUCACACUCUUAAGCAAGGCGUAAGUCAGCGGCAUCAAUCCCGGUAGAAUUAACUCCCAGUAAAUAGUGUCGAACUGAAACCGCAACCGGCGGUGGGAGAAGUUGAACGUAAACCAUGCAAACAUGUCUCAAGUACGUGUAAAACCAGUUAUUAACAACUAAUAAAAAAAGCCUACAACACUGUCAGUCUAUUAACACAUACCGUUUGAAAGGUAACAAGAGAAACACAAGGAAUUAACUCGAAGAUCUAUAUAAACAAAGAUACCGGGACAAAAUAUUUCAAGGCCUUCGUUUUGUUGACUACAAAGACAGACGUAAAUAUAUGAUCAUAAGAUUAACAACUGGUACUAACAGUGCCGUGAAAAACACGAGGGCGAUAUUAGCCUGCGUAGCAAGCAUAGCAGGCGCUUGGAAGUAAUAUGCGACAGAGCGCAACAGAGCGCGCGAUGGAGGCUAGGGCGAUAUGGGCCGUUCUCAUGAGCCUGUUUUGUCAUAAUGGUGUAAAUUUCAGGAAAGGUAGCCUGCGAGCAAGCUCUCCAUUUGGGGGAUAUCGUGAACAGUACAUGCGCGAGAGGCACGCGAGAGGAGACGCGACUGCGGGGGGCGGCCUCUCGCGGCUUCGCCGCUCGCUCGCGCGUUCUCGCGCGACUCGCUUCGCUAGCCCAAAUAGGAGAGUUUGCUCGCAGUCUACAGGAAAGGCAGCAGAACUCAAGUUAAAGAAACCAAGCAAGCUGCUUUAGGUAGAAAAGGCCAAAGGUCAAACGUUUCUACCAAUUUUUAACCAUCGAGAGGUCAAAAACGGUCAGCAUUAACGGUAAAAGAACACAACUCUGUUCAGAUUCCAAGUUUUAUUGCACUCUUACAGUGGG